AUGUCCGAAGACGAUGUACAGAAAGAAGGGGCUCCAGACACCACCGGUCAUGUGAAAACACAUGUGAACCAUGAGAUGGAUGGAGCCAAUUGCCCUCAAGCCCGUCAUUUUUGUCGCAAAGAACCAAUUGAGCAGAACAGCCAUGACAAACAAGGGGUACCUCGACGACCCGUUGACAAUCAGCGUGGACCCGGAACUCAGGGGCAACAGCCAGUACCAGGAGAACAUCAAGGGGCCGAUUCAACGACCACCCGGUGUAGAGACUCUGCGCCCAUCGUGAUCCCGUCUGGCAAACAUGCCGGACAGAGCUUCGCGGAGGCACACUCAGACAUGUGUUAUGUGCAUCAGGUCUGGAACCGGAAAGCCGUGUCUCCGAUGCGACAACAUGCAGCCCCAACCUCCGAGGAGAUCUUCGACAAGGUCGAGAAAGAGCCACAGAAGACAGCUGCAGCAAUGGCAGCACCCAAGGGGAUGAUCAAGAUCAACGAAUCGAAGAUGAGCCCACCAGCACAGAACAGCGAGUGGACGAAGAUCGAAUCGAGCGCUGCGGUCAGCAGCGAGACCAACCGGAAGCCGAAGAGAGGCAGUGCAACGGGAUCAACAACAGGGAUGGAGACCGAGAUCAACCAUCAACGUGUCCAGGAGCUCAAGACACAGAUCGCAAUCCUGGAAAGGCAACUGGCCAUCGAAACACAGGUGCCAGAGACCGAACCCGAGAAGAAGCCCAGUUAUCGAGCAAACUGCCCAGUAUAUCAUGAAUGA